AUUUAUAUCUAUAAUUUUUUUGUAAAUUUCUUGAAAUUUAUAAUUUAAACAUUCAAAACAUGUUCAAAAUUGUGAGAAAUCGAUUCUCUCCAUUAAUUUUACGAAUAUGCCCUUUUUCAUCAAGUAUAGUAAAUGCACAAAUUAAGAAAACCAAACCAAAAUUAUUCUAUAAAACUACACCAACUUCAAAUAUGUUCAGUCAAAGUCGAAAAAUAGGUGGCAAAUUUUCACCAGUGAUUAAAGAAAUUAAUUAUGAACAAUUGAAAAAAUUUAUCAAUUCAAAUGAAGCAUUGAUAAUUGAUGUACGCAAUAAAGAAGAACUGGCUGCAACAGGAGUUUUACCAAAUAGCUAUAAUAUUCCACUUGAUGAAUUAAGUACUGCUUUUCAAUCAACUCCCAGUAUAUUCUUUGAAAAAUACAAUUUUCCUAAACCAGAUAAAGAUUUAAAUAUUGUUUUUUCUUGUGCCAAAGGAAUAAGAAGUUUAAAAGCUUGUCAGCAAUUAGCAGAUUUGGGUUACAAAAAUAUUUUUAAUUACUCAGAAGGAUGGUUUGGAUGGGAGUCCCACAAAUAAAAUGGAAAUUCAAUAUAAUAGUUUAUAACAAAGUUAAAAUGUCAUAUGUUUUAUUCGUUUUUGACAAAUA